UACAAUCCAGCCGCGAGAGUAAGAACAGCUGGUUCUCAAUAUUUUGCAUCUAUUGGAAUUUUAGUCUUAAAAUGAUUUAGGCACGACAGCACACAAAUAUUUUAGGUUUUAUUGUGCCACAUUGUGCGCGCCAACGGAAAGAAUGUUUAAACGGACUUUCAAAGUGGUUUAUCGGCCGAUUCGAAACAAUUUCGUGAUACUGCCGGACCAAUACUACGGUGUCGUUUCCACUUACGAUACUGGCUGCCUGAGCCUUCAGUACAACGGUCGUGUGCAUUAUGCCUCAUGGGCGCCACAGGCGGGUGGCGGCGGCAUCAAAGACACCGAAAUUGGGAUCAAUGCCAGGGCGGCCAAGGAGCUCGGUCUUCAUGAGAAUGAUUUGGUCAAGUGCGCCCUCAUCGCUGACGUUCUAAAUCUGCGCAGCGUUCACGUCACGCCCGUCUCGGCCAAAGAUUGGGAGAUCAUUGAGCUGAGUACGGAGAAAAUUUCUGGCAGUGUACUGGAGCAAACGCGCAUUGUAAACUCGUCACAAAUUUUGUUGGUUUGGAUCAACAAGUCGACGCAAGUGGCGCUAACAGUGGAUCGCCUUAAGCCGCACAUAAGUUACGGGCGUCUGGAUCACAAUACGCAGCUGGUUGUGGCGCCAAAUCUAUACCAAGGUCUGACCAACGGCAAAGACAAUGAAAAUGCUGAGGAAAAUAAGAAGCUGUCGCGCAGCAAGACUAGUGCGCAAGUGCGGGAUGAGGUGGCCACGACUCCACCAGCGCUCGUGCACUCCGCUACAAUGAGUAAUGUGAAGAACAAUUUGCAACGCAACAAGCGGCAGGAUCAUAUGGAGCGCUUGAAGAAGGACUUGCGACGCGAGAGUUCGCGUGUCUUUGAGUUUCGUGUCAUACGUGGAUUAUGGCACGAGCAGGCACAGGAAUCGGAUGUGUACAUAACGCAAUCGCAUUUGCCGGAAUUCAUGGACCUGGAGCAGUUCUACAGCAUGCGCACCGCUGGCGAGAAGGAGUAUUAUGUGCGUGUGCGUCUGGUUAGCGAUGAGAACGAAGACGAACUGCCAGCCACUAUUCAUCCGUCCAUCGAGCUAAAUGCGAAUCUGAUGAAGCUGUUGAACAUUAAGGAACUGGAGCGUGUUGUCCUGCGGCCUAAGACAACCGUUGUGAACUUUGUGGAGAAGAUUGAGUUGUUUGCGCACAAGAAGACGCAUUACAAAAUCAUUGAGAAUGCAUUUAAGCGGUUUGUGAUUGAAAGAACAAGAAAGGCGCCGGUGCUGUUCAAUCAGGAGGAAGUGGUGCGUCUGGAGGACGACCUACUGGUCACAGUGGGCAUAUUGCCUGAGCACUUCCGCUAUUGCGUGGUGGACGCCCAGUUCCUAAAGGAAUCGAAAAUCUAUGCUGCCGACUUAGUCCGUCCCGUCCAUGAAAUUAUCAAGGAGCAACCGCCGGCGAUUUCGCCACUGAGUGUUAAGGACCUAAUACGACUGCCAGAAUACGACAAGAUUCUAGACCAAGUGGUCAGCGAGCUGCGCAUGAAUCUGUGCCUCAGCUCACAGAACUCAGUCUUGCGCCAGGGAAAUGUGCUUCUGACCGGCGCCUCUGGCACUGGCAAAACGGUGCUGGUGGAGCGCAUACUGGAGCAGCUGUCGGGAAAGCCGGACUACUGCUACUUCGAUAUCUUCUACUGCUCGCGCAGCAAGGGACGCAAAACGGAGUCCAUUCAAAAGGAUUUGCGCAACAUAUUCACCACCUGCCUCUUGCACGCACCGGCCAUUGUAGUGCUGGAGAAUCUGGAUGUCCUCGCCCAUGCGUCGGCAGAGCAGUCCAGCCAGGAUGGCGAGUACUUCAAUCGCAUGGCGGACACGGUGCACCAGCUCAUCAUGCAGUACACCAGCAGCAAUGCCAUUGCUGUCAUAGCGACAGUCAGCGAGCUGCAGACGCUGAACAAGCGGCUCAGCGCGCCACGUGGCCGACAUCUGUUCCAGACGAUUGCGCGGCUGCCCAGCCUGGAGCGUGCCGAUCGUGAGGUCAUUCUACGCGAACUAUGCAGCCAUAUCGCCACCAAGGAAUUGGAUCUGGUCAAGUUCUCUAAUCUUACGGAGGGCUAUCGGAAAUGUGAUCUUGUCCAGUUUGUGGAGCGCGCCAUUUUCUACGCCUAUCGCAUCAGCAAAACACAGCCGCUGCUAACGAACGAGCAGCUCAUCGAAUCCUUGGAGCACACGAAUUCCUACUGCCUGCAGGGCAUACAAAGCAAUCAAAAGACUGGCGCCGAAACGAAUGCCAAUGAAAUGCGCGUGGAGGAGCUGCCUGGACUGGAGCCUGUGGUCAGUGUGCUCGAGGAGGUGCUCAUGUGGCCAUCAACUUAUCCAACGAUCUUCAACUCCUCGCCUUUGCGUAAUCAGGCCGGCGUGCUGCUUUAUGGACCGCCGGGCACGGGCAAAACGUUCCUGGUAUCUCAGCUGGCAAGCAGCUGGAGUCUGCGCAUUAUAUCGGUAAAGGGUCCUGAGUUGCUGGCCAAAUACAUUGGCCAGAGUGAGGAGAACGUGCGCAAUCUGUUCAACAGGGCGCGCAGCGCCAAGCCGUGCGUUCUCUUCUUCGACGAGUUCGACAGCUUGGCCCCGAAGCGUGGCCACGACUCGACGGGCGUCACAGACCGUGUGGUCAACCAGUUGCUCACCGAGCUGGAUGGCGUCGAGGGGCUGCAGGGCGUUACUGUCAUAGCCGCCACUUCGCGACCUGAACUGCUCGAUCCAGCGCUGCUGCGCUCUGGCCGCAUUGAUCGGCUAGUGGAAUGCCCGCUGCCGGAUGCAGUGGCGCGCGUCAGCAUCUUUGAGGCGUUGAGUGCAACGCUGAAUCUGGAUGAAUGUGUGGAUUUCGAUUGGUUUGCGGGGCGAACGCAGAACUACACUGGCGCCGAUAUACAAAGCAUUCUGACCUCGGCGAACAUGGCGGCGGUUAAGGAGGCGCUGGCACAAUUCGGACAUGAGAAGCUGCCAAAGAAAAUUUUAGUGAAGCAAAAACAUCUCAUCGAAUCCUACCAAACGACACGCCCAUCGCUCAGCGCCGCCGAUGUGGCCAAAUAUAAGAAGACAUAUGCUCGUUUUACCAACAGGGAGAAGAGCUCCAGGGAAUUUGUGGCCAAGCGGGCCACAUUGGCAUAGCUCUAAAGACUCAAUUAGGCUCAACAGAGAUAAUUGUAAAACAAAAGUUCGGUUAUAUGGAAUGCUA